GAGCUCGAGAAAAAGAAGACCAAGAUAGAGAAGAUAGAGAAGGAAAUAAAAAAUUACCAAUCAGAAGUAUGGGAAGUGGUUGAUCUGCAGAAGGAGCUGAUUGAAAGUCAGCAAAACCAAAUCAAAACGCUGAAGAAAGAAAAAGAGGAAUUAUUACAGAAGUGCAAGUGCGGAAGUAGAUGGACAGCUCCUUAUUGGAACCACGAUUAUACUCCCAGUCACCGUCAGCCACUUAGACAGCAGACACCACCAUGCAAGAAAGUGCAUUAUUUUGAAAAAUGUCCUGACACAGACGCAGUGAUAUCCACCAGCCAACAACUCAUGACCCGAGUGAAGGAGAACUUACACCAGAAAUACAGGGUGGACCUUCACUCUGAACCGUGGCACCAGGGGGCGCAGUGCGGAGACAGUCCCGUCCUGGUUUUCUGCCUACACUUAUCUCGUCUUGGAACAGACGUAGACCAAUCUUUAAAAGAAUUCAGCAGAGGUGAGACAGGCUGACUCAAGGGCCAUUAUCCUGAUAGUUUUCCACCACGUGGUCCCUCAUGCCGACUUCGGCAACCCCACCGACUCCAUUCUGUCCCUAACAAGACUGGGGAGGGUUAAUCUUGUUCUGGACAUGGUGUUCUGGGAGUCCUUGGGUCUGUAUUCGUCCCCCGUUAAUGAGAGAGCCCUAGAAGAGCUGGUGAAAUAUUUGGAAAGUCGCACCAAGGAGCAAAGACCUCGCAGUGUGCUUUGUUAUGAAAAAUAUCCUGUCCCAGACGCAGUGAUAUCUGCCCGCAAACAACUCAUGGCCCAAGUGAAGGAAAACUUACACCAGAAAAACAGGGUGGACCUUCACUCUAAUCCGUGGCACCAGGGGGCGCAGUGCGGAGACAGUCCAGUCCUGGUUUUCUGCCUGCACUCUUCCAGUCUCGGAACAGACGUAAACCAAUCUUUAAAAGAAUUCAGCAUAGCUGACACAAGCGCCAUUGUCUUGAUAGUUUUCCAUCACGUGGCCCCUCAUGCCGACGUCGGCAACCCCACCGACUCCACUCUGUCCCUAACAAGACUGGGGAGGGUUAAGCUUGUUCUGGACAUGGUGUUCUGGGAGUCAGCCGGUCUGUAUUCGUCCCCCGUUAACGAGGAAGCCCUAGAAAAGCUGGUGAAAUAUUUGGAAAGUCGCGCCAAGGAGCAAGGGCCUCGCAGUGGUACAUGUACCGUCACAACGCCAUAUGAAUAUGGAAAUCCAUAUUAGCAAAACUGUAGGUCGACGUAUUAGGAUAUGAUGAAACCAGCUAAAUAUAGAUACAUCUGAAAGCUUUUUUGAAAGACAGUGUUAAUAACUUUGGCCACUAUUAAUUUGCAGUUUCUUAUGUUGUAUGAAUAUAAAUAUGAAUAAAGUGCGUCCUGUCUUAAGGUUACGGACAGAGUUAGGCAAAAACUCCUAAAUUGCUGCCUUUAGGCAGGUUUACGAUAAUCGAUAAAUCGUCGGUGUUCCCAAGUUUUCACAAAUGUCAUUUUACCGAUGGCAUUACAAUUGCAAUUUUUUGGGGUAAAAAUUGCAUAAACGAUUUCUCAAAUUUUUCCCUACCUGAGUACCCACGAACACACUUUCCACGGCAAUUGAAUAAAACCAAUGAGAACUUCAAAUGUUUGUCGGCGAUUUACUUAAAGCAUUAGUUCAGAAUUAAUAGUUUAAAAAGGCAAAAUAAUACUUAUUUUCAAUGAAUCGUUGUAAUUAUAGGCCUUAUAAACGUAUUAGGUGUUUACUAACACUAUCAGCAGAUCUUUUAACACUAACACCCGUAUUAACGACAAAACCCACAAAUUAACCAGAGCGGAGGAAUGUU